AUGUCCACUUCGUACCCCUCAAAUGAUCAUACACCGUCAGGCAUGUCUACCUCACUCCGACGCAAAGGAUCCGUGACUAGAAGCAGAAGUGGGAUGACGCCGUCCGUAGCUUCAAAGAGAGGUUCAGCUUUUCUCAACGCUUCUUCCACGGCGUUGGAAUUUGGCAGUAUCUCACCAAAACUAGAAGGGGAUCUCAUGAAUGAGACAGCAGGACUCAAAAAGGUAGUGGAAGGGCUGAACAAGACCAAUACAAGCCUGCGAAAUCGAAUAACAGAUUUGGAAACUCUUAUCGAACACAACACCGGUCCUGAAAUGGAAAGAUUGAAUAAGGAAUUAGCAACGUUGGAAGACCUAUUUGCAAAAAGUCAGAAGGAUAACGAAGCUCAGUAUGCUGAGAGUGAAAGACAGAAAGCCUACGUCAAAGAGCUGGAGAAUCUAUUGUCGACGAGCUUGGGAAUGGACUGGCAGGAAUCACACAACGUCUAUCCACCUGCACCUACCACGACUCUAGUGACAGCAUCUACCCCCCUUCCACCACCCAAACCCUCCCACCCACUUCGUCAUUCCGUAUCAUUCUCCAAUAAACGCUCUUCCAGCAAAUUACACAAACGUGCAAGUUCAGUGAUGGAUUUGGGCUUGAUGAGUCUUCAAGCUGUCAAAGAAGAUGACAUGGGUGUGGAUGAUACUCCAACAGGUGCACUGAGGAAGUUGAGUGGGCCGACAUCUACCUCUAUCAAGAUGAAAGAGAACCAAGAAAAGGACAAAGAGAAGGAUCGUUAUAUUCUUGCCCGUACACUUGAAGCGGAAUUUUCCACUUCCACCACUUUUCAGAGGAGCCUCAAAUCUUCCUCGACAAGCAGAUCACAAUCUCAUUCCGACCUCCAUACUAUGGAUAUUGACGUUACUCAUCACCAGUCAAAUAAACCGGAAGCCAGCAGAUCCGACCCUACUUCUAUACUUCCAAAUGUAGAUAUCAACCAGCUGAAUAAGGUACUUCAUCUGCUAUCGAGCCUCGAUCCAUCGACAAUCACCGAUAGUCUCCCAAGACCUCAAGGGCAAUCUCAAGAUGAACAGACAUCUUUCCACUCAGCGAACUCACCACAAGAUAUGAAUAUGUUUAGAUCGAUGCGCAGGAUGCUAGAAAGUCAUCAGAAAGCUCUUACAGAUAGGGAAACCAGGUUGAACUACAUCAUCCAGAUGGCGAAAGAGAAGGAGGAAAGAUACGCUACCACCACCUAG